AUGAACUUCCUGUUGGUACUGACACUAAUUGUGACUAUAAGUGUGCAGAGUAGACAAGAUAAUGUUAGCCUGGAUCCUUGCAACGACUUCUAUGAUUAUGUGUGCACAAAUGACACUAGAAUUAUCACUAAGCUAAACUUCACAAGUUUAUUCGAGGAUCGAGAGAUACUGGUAAAUCCGAACAUCUCAUUUCCGAAUAACGGGACCUACAUCACAUUGGAUGAGAUUCUUGAUCCGGAUAGCUUGAUGAUAUGGUAUCUGAAGAUCGAAUUAUUGAAUACGACCACUGCGGAUUUUGACUAUUUUUUUAAGAUGCAUCGCGAAUAUGUUAAAAAGGAGAACAAAUCGGAGAAGUUCAGUUUUGUGGUGGAGACCCUGGAAAACGUUAAUGUAACGAACACCAAUGCAUUUUCUACGAGUAUUACAUCAACAGCGAGACCGUCACUUGGUUCCCCACAAACUGUAGUACAGUAUGCGCCGAUCUGAAAAUCGAUCGAAUAUGUGAUUUGACGGAAGACCAAUUGAAAUCGACAUUUCGAAAUAUGAAACAUCUAAUUGGAAGCUUAACGGUGGUCAACACUAAUCACAAAAGUGGUGAAUUUCUGGAUGGCUUGGAAUCUUUGGAAUGUGGUGGAGAGUUUCGUAAAAGGAGAACAGCAACCGACGCUCCAAUUUCUCAAUUUGUUUGGAAUGCAAACUCCAAUAUGACCGAAAUAGGGCUUAUCAACUUCACUUCCAUAGCAUGCUUGAGUAUGGAAAUUUUCAAUGUGAAAAUGUUAAAUAUGCCAAAAUUAAAGAACUUCACAAAUCCAUUUGGAAAUGACAUGAAAAUUGGCAUAACUAUCAUGGUUCCCGAUCGAUAUUUUUGUAUUUCUCCCCAAGAAAUGCUGAAUUUUUUAAGCAGCGAUAAUGUUCUUACACCCGAAAUUAACGGAAAGUACUGUGAUCUACCAAGUUCCGUGAGUAACGGAACGGUUUGUAAUUCCACGUCACUAACUGAUGGAUGUACUCAAAUAUUUGGAAGCUUGGUAAUAGGACCUGAAAAUGAGCAAUUUGUGAGCCAACUAAAAUAUGUGGAAAUGAUAUUUGGACGGCUCGUUGUCAAUAACACAAAUUUAACAAAUAUCGAUUUUUUGCAAAGUCUGAAGUAUAUUUAUUCUCUUGAUGGUUCAACCCCAGCGAUUUCCGUUGAAAAUAACCCAUUUCUCUCUAAUUUUUCUUUUCCGAACUUGAAGCUAGCCAAAACAAAAGGCCGCUCUACAAUUUGGUUCAACAAAAAUAGUGAGGCACUGUCUUCGGAUUCAGCAUAUUGCUACAAACUACAAAAAUCUCUAAAUCUUAAUGAAAACCAACUGAUCUACUUUGAUGAGAAAACAUGUGAUCAACUUCCUUCGAAUGCAAGUCCAAUUGCUAAAAUUGUGACAAUUUUCACGACUAUUCUAAUUUCAAAUCAUUUGAACUGA